AUGGCCCACUGGCGGGAAGAAUACUCCGCCGCACUGGCAUCUCGCGAUCGCCGCGAGAAAGCCAACACCGCAAUAUACGAUGCCUAUACCCAACUCGCCGACCGAACUGCAUCCACCACCACCACCGCCAGCCUACAGAGUCCAGCGGGCGAAAGUCCGCAUGCUACCACAACCACAAAACACCAUGUACCUGUUCCCAAUACCACCAUCCCAACCCCAUCCGCACCAACACCACCCGCCUCGCAACAAGAACAAGAAACCCUCCUCGCGUCGCUCGCCGCGGCGCAACGAUCUCGCUCCGAGCUGCAGGCCCAGCUAACCCGGAUGACGGCGGAGCUGGAGCGCCUCCGCAAGCGCCACGCCCACGACGGGCGACGCCUCCAGGCGUUCGAGCAGGAGGUCGCGCAUCUGCAGAUGCGGUUGAAGGAUCGGGAUGAGGAGUUGCGGGGGAAGGCGAAGUUGUUGGAGGAUUUCCAAGACGAGAUGGCAUCGCUGAAUCUCCAACUGAACAUGGCCGAGGAGCGGUCCGCGCGGUUCCAGCAAGAAAACCAGGACUUGGUGGAUCGCUGGAUGGCCAGGGUAGGGCAGGAGGCGGAUGCCAUGAAUGCGAAUUCGAGGUUCUCGUAG